GGCGGCGCGGGGGGCGCGGCAGAGGCUGCGGGGCCGGGAGGGUCGGUGACCAUGACUGAGGCCGCGUUUCAGAAGGCUGCUGAGGAGGUGAAGCAGCUCAAGGCCCGGCCUACAGACCAGGAGAUGCUGGACAUCUACAGCUACUACAAACAGGCCACCGUGGGCGACGUGAACACGGACCGCCCUGGUAUGCUGGACUUCAAAGGCAAAGCAAAGUGGGAUGCCUGGAAUGCAUUGAAAGGAAUGUCCAAAGAAGAUGCAAUGAAAGCUUACAUAGCAAAAGUUGAAGAACUAAAGAGCAAAUAUGGCAUCUGAGGACUGGCUGUAGCAGCCAUUUACACACCUGAAAUAUGCCUUAUUUCUAAUACUGUCAAAAACUGGUUUCCAAGAGUAAUUUUAAAUGCUUACUAUAUGAUAGUUCUCCUCACACCUUUAGUUUGGGGGAAGCUGUGUACUCACCUAAUGUACUGACACGUUAUAAAUUCCUUCUGGGAACAAAAUCUGGAACUCAUUAAAGUGCAUUUGGUAUUUG